AAGGACUUCUGAGUCAGCAAAAGGGGUGUUACAUUCCUUCCUGUUGCAUUCAUGUCAUACUGGUGAGGUGAGUAUAUUUCCUCGUAGCAGCAGUCAGGGUUUAUCAGAGUUGAAUUCCUCCCUGGGAAGUUCAUGAACAUCAAAUAUGAUUCGUUUUCAUUGUCUUUUGGUGUUGUUUUUUUCCCUUGUCAGUUCAGUUCCCUCUUAUUAUUAUCAGUCCAGAGCAUGUUGUUCGUUCAAGGGUCCACACUUUGAAAGCACGGAGUAUAUUCUUGUUUUUAGUUUGAACAAACAUGAAAUGGUAGAGUACAACAGCACAAGAGGAAACUGGACUGGAUUUACAGCUUUUUCAGUUAUGGUUGCAAAUGAUUUCCACAACAAUCCUCGCAAUGCACCUCUAAGAAAUUUAGAAAAAAAGUUGCUGUGCGAAAAGAACAUGGACUUCAUCAAAAGCCUUGGAAAUCUCACUACAGCACCCACCGUCAAUAUCAAACUACUGAAGCAGCCUGAUGGUAGACACCAAGCCCUGCUUGUGUGCAGUGCCUACAACUUUUACCCCAAAAAAAUCCAAAUGACAUGGUUGCGAAAUAAUGAAGAUGUGACCUCAGGACUCACUUACUCCGAUGUGAUGGCUGAUGGAGAUUUGUAUUUUCAAAUUCAUUCUUUCCUGGAGUACACGCCGAGUGUGGGAGAAACUAUCACCUGUGUGGUUGAACACGCCAGCCUCUCAGAACCAAAACUGAUCAUCUGGGACAACUCUCUUCCUGCUAAAAAACACAUCCAAGUUAUUGUUGGAGUGAGUGGACUUGUACUUGGGAUUGUUCUGAUGAGCUCUGGGUUAAUCUACUACAAGAGGAAGUCUGCUGCAAACACUACUGUCAGCCAAGUUUGCGUCUUCACAGAAGAGAGUCAUCAACUUUGUCACAUCUUUGGAUGCUUUGACUCAAGUGACACUCAGGUUAUCGUAACUCUGGAUGAUGAUGAGUUGUACCAUGUGGAUUUUAAAAAACAUAGUCUUGUUUGGGAGAACAAAAUUCCAUCAUUUCUCCGUGUCGAGUGGCCUUACAAAUAUGAGGAAUGGUAUAGAGAUGUAUGUAAACGUAAAGCAUAUAUAUGGACACCAGACAAGUCAGCCACAAGGAGUGAAGCUCCACCAGAAACUGUCAUCUACCCCAGAGAUGGAGUGAUAGAAGAAGAAGACAAUACCCUCAUCUGCUUCAUCAACAAAUUCUUUCCUCCUGUGAUAAACAUAAAGUGGACAAAGAAUGAUGAGGAGGUGACAGUGAAAGAUGCUUUCAUUAAAUCUAUCGCCAAUCCUGAUGGGACGUUCCAUGUCUUCUCCUACCUGAACUUUAUUCCAAAACAAGGAGACAUCUACAGCUGCACCGUGGAGCAUGAAGCACUGGAGGAGCCUCUGACCAGGUUUUGGGAAGUUGAAACAGAGGAGAGUAAUGGUCUGGCUGUCUUCUGUGCAGUUGGCCUCUUUGUUGGGCUUGUUGGAGUUGCUGGAGGAACUUUUUUUUUUUACCACAGUCUCCUGGGUGCGGAACCAUGGAACCGACAGAGGAGAGACAUGGAGGAAAUGCAACGCCACCACAGUGUC